GGAGCGGCGGGCGGGCGGGAGGCACGAUGACGCGGCAAUAAAGGUGGAGCUAAGGGCCCGGAGCUGUGUGCGGCGCCAUGGAGCGGGGCGCGGAACGCGGGCCCCCCCCGGCCCCUAGCGGCGUGGCACUGCGGGGACAGCCGGCGGGCGGCUGUGGGCCCUGGGAGAUGCGGGACCGCCUGGGCACCGGCGGCUUCGGUAACGUCUGCCUGUACCAGCACCAGGACACGGGCGCCCGGGUGGCUAUCAAGUCGUGCCGGCUGGAGCUGAGCGUCAAGAACAAGGACCGUUGGUGCCACGAGAUCGACAUUAUGAAGAAGUUGAACCAUCCCAACAUAGUGAGAGCCUGCGAAGUUCCUGAGGAAAUGAACUUCCUUGUGAAUGAUGUGCCUCUUCUGGCAAUGGAGUAUUGCUCGGGGGGUGACCUCCGGAAGCUGCUAAACAAACCAGAAAACUGCUGUGGACUUAAGGAAAGCCAAAUACUUUCUCUUCUUAGUGACAUUGGCUCUGGUAUCCAAUAUUUGCACAAAAACAGAAUUAUACACAGAGAUUUAAAGCCUGAAAAUAUUGUUCUUCAGGAUGAAGGUGGGAAGAUCGUUCACAAAAUAAUUGACCUGGGUUACGCAAAGGAUUUGGAUCAAGGAAGCUUGUGCACUUCAUUUGUUGGAACAUUGCAAUAUUUGGCUCCCGAACUCUUUGAGAAUAAAUCCUAUUCUGUCACUGUUGAUUACUGGAGCUUUGGAACGAUGGUGUUUGAAUGCAUUGCAGGAUUUCGGCCUUUCCUGCACAAUCUCCAGCCAUUUACCUGGCAUGAAAAAAUCAAGAAGAAGGAUCCAAAACACAUAUUUGCUUCUGAAGAGAUGAGUGGGGAGGUUCGCUUUAGUACUCAUUUGCCACAGCCUCACAGCAUCUGCAGUUUAAUUGUAGAACCGAUGGAAAGUUGGUUGCAACUGAUGCUGAAUUGGGAUCCAGAACAGAGGGGUGGAGGUUUAGAUCCUGAAACCAAUUGUCCAAAGUGCUUCCUAAUUAUGGAUCACAUACUGAAUUUGAAGAUAGUGCACAUCCUAAAUAUGACCUCUGCCAAGAUUGUUUCAUUUCUCUUGCAUCCUGAGGAAAGUCUUCAUUCCCUUCAGAUUCGAAUUGAGUUUGAAACUGGAAUAAGCACUGGAAAUCAGGAACUGCUCUUGGAGACAGGAAUUUGCCUGGACCCCCGGAAACCUGCUUCCCAGUGUGUUAUUGAUGGCGUAAGGGGCUGGGAUAGCUAUAUGGUCUACUUGUUCGAUAAAAGCAAAAUUGUCUAUGAUGGACCCUUUGCUUCUCGGAGUCUGUCUGAGUGUGUAAAUUAUAUUGUACAGGAUAGUAAAAUCCAACUACCAAUUCCUCAGCUCCGCAAGGUAUGGGCAGAAGCUGUUCACUACGUCAUUGGGCUAAAAGAAGAUUACAGCAGGCUUUUCCAGGGCCAGAGAGCUGCUAUGCUGAGUCUCCUUCGGUAUAAUGCCAACCUAAUAAAAAUGAAAAACAAUAUGGUAUCAGCCUCUCAGCAACUGAAAGCAAAGCUGGAAUUCUUUCACCAGAGUAUUCGCCUUGACCUGGAGAGAUACAGUGAUCAGAUGGCUUAUGGCAUAUCUUCAGAAAAGAUGCUGAAAGCAUGGAAAGAGAUGGAAGAGAAGGCCUCUCAGUGUGCCCAGGCUGAAGAUAUUGGAUAUUUAGAUGAACAGAUCAUGGCUUUGCACACAGAGAUUGUGGAGCUUCAGAAGAGUCCAUAUGCAAGGCGCCAAGGAGAAGUCAUGGAGAGCUUGGAACAGAAAGCCAUAGAUCUGUACAAGCAAUUAAAAACAAGACCUCCAGAUCAUGCCUACAGUGACAGCACAGACAUGGUGAAGAUUAUUGUGCAGACAGUUCAGAGCCAAGAUCGAGUUCUGAAGGAGCUCUUUGGCCAUCUCAGCAAGCUCUUGGGCUGUAAGCAGAAGAUUAUUGACUUGCUUCCAAAGAUUGAAGUGGCUCUAAAUAACAUCAAAGAAGCUGAUAACUCGGUGAUGCAGAUGCAGGGCAAAAGACAAAGGGAGAUAUGGCAUUUGCUGAAAAUUGCUUGCACUCAGAGCUCUUCUCGUUCACUGGUAAGCUCCAGCCUAGAAGGGACAGCCUCAACUCCCGCUGCCACGUGGGUCCCCCAGGGCUCCUCAGAAUAUGCACCUCACCCUCUUUCAUCUAUGGCAACUCCUGGAGAUGGGGAAAACUUCGUUGAUGUGAUAGAGGAGAACCUGAAUUAUCUUGAUCGCUUUAGCAGUAUGUUGCAGGAGGCAAGAGAAGAGCAGAACAGCUUGACGAACUUUGACUGGAGCUGGCUGAAGUAGUCCCAGGAACUAUGCUGCUUCCUGCCUGUGUGCAGAUAGCUGGAUGCAGCCACAUGCCCCAUCGCAUCUCGGAUUAGCCGUAUGGAUU